AUGGAGAACAACACGCAUCCGAAUCACAACGAAAGCAACACGCGUCAAAGCAGUGCAGCUCAUUUUGUACUUCUUGGCAUUGGUCGCAAGUCAUCAGCGGCUCAACCGAAGGGCUUCCGUCUUGACCAUCAUCCCAUCGCCCUUGAUUGCGAUCAACUUGAACAACGAGCUUCAGAUUGUCGGAGAGGUCCCGACAUCGCUCUCAGUCAGCAGGUCGAGGAUGCCUUGCCUUUUGCCUUAAGAGAGCCCUUGGUUGCCCUCUGCCACGACGCCUGA